AUGAGAGAUGUUAUCUUACAUCUACAUGGAAAUAAUGAGCUAAUGCAAAUCAAUGAAUGUCACCCAGCAUAUUUGCCAUUACAUUAUGUUUUAUUAUUUCCACAUGAGUAUUCAACAAUUUUGAGAGCUGGAAAACUGUUCCAAGAGUUUUUGGUUGACGCUUGGGCCGCAACUGAACAAAAUAGGUUGACUUACUACAAGCUUAAUCAAGGGAAGAUCCGUGCUGAACUUUACCAAAAUUUGACAGAUAUUGAUCCAAAUGACCUUCAACCCAAUCAAAUUGGUCAAAGGUUUGUUUUGCCAUCUUCAUUUGUUGGAGGUCCUAGAGACAUGUUUGAAAUCUUUCAAGACUCAAUGGCUAUCACACGAUACAACCAACAUCCAGACAUUUUUCUCACCAUGACUGCAAAUCCUAAUUGGCCAGAAAUUACUUCGGCAUUAUUACUGCACCAAAAGCCUAUUGAUCGUCCUGAUUUAAUUGCCCGUGUUUUUGAGUUAAAGAGAAAGUGCUUGAUGAAGGAGAUAGAAACAAACCGAGUGUUUGGUAAUAAAGUUGCGCAUGUUUUUGCAAUUGAAUUCCAAAAGCGAGGCCUUCCUCAUAUGCAUGCACUUCUAUUUCUUAAGGGUCCAGACAAAAUUCGAACAUGUGCUCAAGUAGACAAAUUGGUUUGUGCAGAAUUUCCAGAUCCAAAAGAUGAACCUAUGCUUUUUGAAACUAUCAAGUGUUGUAUGGUACAUGGACCAUGUGGUGCUCGAAAUCCACAAGCACCAUGUAUGGAAAAUGGUAAAUGCACUAAAAGAUACCCUCGAGCAUUCGCAGAAACAACUACUAUGUAUCAAGAUGGAUAUCCUAUCUAUCGUCGUCGCAAUAAUGGUCAAGCUCAUAUUGUGAGGGGGAAAGAAGUUGAUAACAGAGACAUCGUACUAUACAAUGCAUAUCUUUCUAAACGUUUCAACUGUCACAUAAAUGUGGAAGUUUGCGCCGGAAUGAGAUGCGUCAAGUAUAUACACAAGUACAUUUAUAAGGGUUAUGAUCGUACAACGAUGGUGUUGGGAUUGAUAAAUGAGAUCCAACAAUAUCUCGAUACGAGGUAUGUUGGACCUCCAGAAGCUGCUUGGCGAAUAUUUGGUUAUCCAUUGCAUGCAGAGAUACCAACAGUUGUACGCUUAGCACUUCAUUUACCUGGAAUGCAUCGCGUUCUUUUUAAUCCUGAUGAAUCAUUAGAAACAAUUGUUUCUAGAGCUGGCCAACAAAUGUCAACUCUUACUGGGUUUUUUUGCAUGUUGCGCUUCUAUGGAAGAUGA